AUGUUCAGAUUCACGCGCCCAUUGCUGCAACAAGUCACUAAGAGGACGACUGGUAUCGUCGGUCUUGCCGUCCACCAAAAUCCGCUCCCAGAACUCUCCAACACUUAUAAUUCGACGCUCAGCGUCCUUGCUUCAAUACCGCCGACCUCCGUCUACAGACAGGGCGUCGAGGCACUCACCAAACACAAACUCAACAUUGUACAGGGUGCAAAUGGAGACAUUGGAAGUGUAGAGAAACAGCUGGAUGAGGGGCAAAUCGAGGAGUCGUUGGAUAUUGCUAAAGAUGAACUGAAGCUGGCCGAGAAUAUGCUCGAAUGGAAAGCCUGGGAGCCUCUAGAAGAGAAGCCAUUACCUGGUCAAUGGGAGUACUUUGGCAAUACAUCGAGCCCGACAUCUUCGUAG